AUGUUAUUACAACCGAAUUAUUGCAGUUGUACUGUACAUCAAGCUCGAAACUUACCAGAGAAAGGCAAGCAUGGUGGAGUUGAUCCUUUUUGUACAAUAUCCAUGGGAAAAGAUAAGUUUGUUACUGCCGUACGAGAAAAAACUCGUUCACCUGACUGGCAAGAACAAUGUGAUAUGGCAAUUGUUGAUGAUGCAAUUAUUAAAUUAACUGUUUAUCAUAAUAAUAAAAGUGCUUUAUCUAAAGGUGAUUUUAUUGGUCGUGCAUAUGUUUCAUUACGUGAUUUACAAGAUUAUGAUCAAAUUCAUCGACGUUGGUAUAAACUUACAAAUAAAGAUGGUAAAAUUGAUAAAGAUCGAGGAGAAAUCGAUGUAUCAUUACAAUUUUAUUCGAAAAAUAAUGCAACUGGCAGUGUAUUAGAUUUAGCAACGAAAAAAAAACAUCUUUCAUUGAAAGAUAUUAAACAAUCGUUAGGUGACAAAUUAAAAUCGGCCUCGAAACAUCGAAACAAAGACAAUUAUAGUGGUGAUAAUCAGUUAGCUGAACAGCGUCGUCGCCUAGGUGACGGUGAUGAUAGUACAUAUAAUGUACGCGAUUUUCUCGAUGAUUCAGCAUCGGAGUCAACAUCUAUAGCUGGCUCGCGUAUGUCACUUAACAGUAUGUCAUAUCCUAACAAUGCUGAAUCGCAGCAAAAAAAGAUGCCUCGUGCUCCAAGUAGUGGACUUGGAUCAACAUUAGGUACAGGAACACCACGUUCAUCACGUCGUUCAGUAACAUCGGAUUAUGAUACAUCCUCCAUACUUGAUUCAGCCUCCAUGUAUGGUGGAGAUGAACCGUCUACACCAUCUCCUCCUAUUCGUUCUCAAGUACAACAACAACAACAACCACAACAACAACAACAACAUCAUCGUGAAGUUUAUGUUGGUGAUGAUUUACCACCACGAAGUAAUUCAACUCGUAAAAAAUCUAAAGAACCGUCACCAUCAACAACAUUACCAACAAUAAUGACAACAAAAAAUCAAAAUAAUUCUCCGCCGCCCUCAUUAACAGAUCAUAGUCGAAGUUUUUCUAUUACAGGUGAUGAUAUCGAAGCAGCUUUUGAUGCUAUUAAUGAUUAUAAAACAUCCAUGAAUGAAUCACCGCUAAAUAAAUCAAAAGAGUAUGAAGUUCCAUCACCUGAUUCAUUAUUUGGUUUAUCAACAAUAAAAGAAGCUACUGAUACAGAUGAUAUUGUUCUUGCUAGAAAUUCAUUCCAACAUCAUCAUGACGAAGAAAUCGAUGACAUUGAUUUUGAUAAUUGUUUUAAUAAAUAUAAACAACCACAACAAAAUGAAAAGAAACCAAGUGAAGAAAAAAAAAGUAAAAAACCCGCUCCAUCAACACCUGUUGUUCAACAAUCACAAAAAACUCAAGAACCAAAAUCUAGUCAUUAUUCCAAAGAACAAAAACGUACAGCACCUAUUCAUACUGAUGAUACACGUAAUUCAUCAGUUUCAAUGCCAACACCUAAAAUCGACAUAACUACUACACCUACUGUUACUCUUUCAGCAACAAAACAGAAAGAAACUACUUCAAAUGAUAUAGAUGAUUCAAACGAUUCUAUUGAUGAAGAUGUUGAUGAAUUAUUGGGUAAAUUGGAGCGAAUGUCAAGUAUACGUUCUUCGGUGAAACGAAAAAUUCAACCAAAAGACGAUAUAAUGCAACAAUCAUUUUCUGAGCAAUUGUCCUCUGAAUAUCAACAUCGUUCGAUUAAUUUGAAGUAUUCAACACUUCAAACAGAUAAAAAAAUUCAAAGUCGAGUUUUAUCAUUCGAUGAUACUGAUGAUAUAGCAACACCAAGUAUUGAUUUUGAUACUAAGAAUUUACUCGAAUCACCAGCUAAUAAUAAAUUUUUGGGGGCUUAUACUCAAAAUCAAACAUCAUCAUUGGGUAAUCGAACGGAUAGAAACAGUCCGGCAACAUUACCUGAUAUUGUUGGUGAACAAUCAAGCAAAAAUUUUCGUCAAAAUUCAUCUCAACAUAAACAAUCAUCAUCAAUUUCAAGUCUUCAAAAAACAAAUGAUAAUGGUCUUUGUGUACUUGGUUAUCAAAAUGUGAAAAGUACACCUGUUAAUCCAAAAAUUCGGCAAGAACUUGAUUAUCUUGAUCGUGAAGAACUUCUUCAUGUUAUUGCAUAUCAAUCAGAUUUGCUUAAAAAACGAGAUACACGUUUAAAAGAUCUUGAAAAUUAUACGGAUGGUUUACUUGUUAAAAUACUUGAACAAUGUCCAACUAUACUUCAAAACGGAACUCUCAAAUACAACAGCAAAUGA